AUGCGCUGGAACGAUACACCACAAGAAUGGUCCAUUUUCACUCAAGAAGCAAAGGGUUGGAUUAUGUUCAUUUCGCCUCUGGAUUUUUCUUUCUACUCCACCGAGCACAAAGGAGUCUUCGUAACUACACACACCGAGAUCGAAUUCAUUUCGUUACAAAUCUCGACCUCGACAAGGUCGUCCAGAACGGAUCGACUGAACUGGUUAGAAAGACUCGCGUUUACCGAGAUCGUUCUCGGCGAGGAUGCUUCCAAGGAAAAUUCUACCCGGUCGUCAACAGACAAAAACAAAGGCGUCGAAACACGCGUCGGUAGUUACGCAUGCAAUUGCAAUAGUCGUCGACGAAAGGAGCUACAACGCAGCACUAAGCACUUCAUUCCUCGAAACUGA